CUUUUUUUUUUUUUUAAUGCUACCUCAUUCUGUUGCCCGCAUCUUCCCUCCCCAAAUCAAAAAACGGCGAAGGAGCCUUCGAUACCCGGCUAGUAGUCCUUUAUUUGUCAAUUUAAAGUGAUGUAGAAUGGCAUCGAGUUUUGGGAAGAUAGUCGUUGGUACUUACGUGGAAAUAAAGCGGAGUGAUGGACGUAUUCAUCAGGCAAUGGUGACGUCUUUAAAUGAGGACAACGAGAGUGUCACUGUGGAGUGGAUAGAAAAUGGGGACACAAAGGGGAAAGAGAUUGACUUGGAAAGUAUAUUUGCACUUAAUCCAGAUGUGGCUCCCGAAGAAGAGAUUGCCCCUAGCCCAGAGACUCCACCCCCUCCUAUAUCCACAUGUGUGAAGGUCAACAAAAUAGCAAAGAACCGACGGACAAUAGCUCCUGUUAAAAAUGAAACUCCAUCCAAAGACAAUAGAGCUAUUCCAACCCGGGCCAGACCUCCACAGCCUCAGCAGCCGGAGCCCGCUCCCCCUCCUCCGCCCCCGCAGCCUGCCCCACCCACUCAGAUCCAGACACAGCAGCAACUACAAAAUGCAAGGAGGAAGUCCAACUGUGUGAAGGAGGURGAGAAACUGCAGGAGAAAAGAGAGAGACGCCGGCUUCAGCAGCAGGAGCUCAGAGAGAAGAGAGCUCAGGAGGUGGAUACUACCAUCCCUAAUUAUGAGAUCAUGUACAUGAUCAGAGACUUUCGAGCCAGUCUAGACUACCGGCCACUGACCACAGCAGACAUGAUCGAAGAGCACAGAAUAUGUGUUUGUGUAAGAAAACGUCCCCUCAAUAAGAAAGAGGUGACGAUGAAGGAUCUGGACGUGAUCACCAUUCCCAGUAAAGAUGUAGUGAUGGUUCAUGAACCGAAACAAAAAGUGGACCUCACCCGCUUUCUGGAGAACCAGACCUUUCGAUUUGACUACGCCUUCGAUGAAAGCACCACCAAUGAGAUGGUGUACAGGUUCACAGCCAGACCUCUAGUGGAGACCAUUUUUGAGCGAGGCAUGGCCACCUGCUUUGCCUACGGGCAAACAGGCAGCGGUAAAACACAUACAAUGGGUGGAGAUUUCUCUGGGAAGAACCAAGACUGCUCUAAAGGAAUAUAUGCAUUAGCAGCUCGGGAUGUAUUUCUCAUGCUGAAGAAGCCCAACAACAAGAAGUUAGAACUACAAGUGUAUGCGACCUUUUUCGAAAUCUACAGCGGAAAGGUGUUCGACCUGCUGAAUCGUAAAGCUAAGCUGAGGGUGCUGGAGGACGGGAAGCAGCAGGUGCAGGUUGUGGGCCUGCAGGAGAAAGAAGUCAAAUGCACAGAGGAUGUCCUGAAGCUGAUCGAAGUGGGAAACAGCUGCAGAACAUCAGGGCAGACGUCAGCCAACGCUCACUCCUCCCGCAGCCACGCCGUCUUCCAGAUCAUUCUUCGAAGGAAGGGGAAAAUGCACGGGAAGUUCUCUCUCAUCGACCUCGCGGGGAACGAGAGGGGGGCCGACACGUCCAGCGCCGACCGGCAGACUCGUUUAGAGGGAGCGGAAAUAAACAAAAGCCUGCUGGCCCUCAAGGAAUGUAUCCGAGCUCUUGGUCGUAACAAACCUCACACUCCGUUCAGGGCCAGUAAGCUCACCCAGGUCCUCAGAGACUCUUUYAUCGGGGAGAACUCGCGCACAUGCAUGAUUGCAACAAUUUCUCCUGGCAUGACGUCCUGUGAGAACACACUCAACACACUACGCUACGCCAACAGGGUGAAGGAGUUUGGGAUCAGUCCGUCAGACAUCCCCUUCUCCCAGGGCGGUCAGGGAAGUCGCCCUGAGCACUCGCCCGCCAAUACCUUUGAGUUUGUUGACUUUGCUGCGACCUCUCCCAGCAGGGUGAAGGAGCUAACAGUGGACCCCAACCAGGUGAUGGAGGGAGGCCGACCCAACAUCCACGGCAUCAACCAGCUGGAUAUUUUGGAYGAGGAGUGGCUGAGUAUCUCACCGCAGAGAGACGACCUCAAACUGCUCUGUGAGCAAAACGAAGAAGAGGUGUCUCCCCAGCUCUUCACCUUUCACGAAGUYGUGUCUCAGCUGGUGGAGAUGGAGGAGCAGGUCCUGGAGGACCACCGAGCCGUUUUCCAGGAAUCCAUCCGGUGGCUGGAGGAUGAAAAGGUGCUGCUGGAGAUGACGGAGGAGGUGGACUACGACGUGGAGUCGUACGCCACGCAGCUCGAGCAGAUCCUAGACCAAAAAAUAGAAAUCCUCUCCGAGCUCCGAGAUAAAGUGAAGUCGUUCCGCUCUGCACUUCAGGAGGAGGAGCAAGCCAGUAAGCAGAUCAAUCCCAAGAGGCCACGUGCGCUUUAAAGACCGCAGGCAGAAGAGUUUUAAGUGGCACAGAGAAAAACUUUCCCACUAGACGUUUGGCACAGCCUCAGCUGUGACUGGCAGCUCUGAAGGACUGUAACACAACAGGCUCAMUGAGUGACUUCAGUUAUGACGUCUCCUAACAGAACCGACUCAACUCUGAUCCUACUAGAAAAAUCGGGAAAUACGUUUUUUUUUUUGUUCAUUUUUCUUUAUCUCGUUGAGAUAUAGUUUUCUUCAGUGUUCUUAAUUUUUUUAUACUUCUUUAUACUUGGCAGAAUUCUUUUGGUCUGCUUUAAAAUAAAACCUUAAUGUUUCAAAGUUUACUACACUAAACCAGCGUUCUGGUUCCUGGCUGACGUGUCUGCAUGUGCACUGAUAGCUCACACACCACUGCUUAGGAGUCCUCAUUUGGCAUCGUGACAUCAUAUUUCAUGUAAGUAAAUCUACUUUUUCCCCUCCCGAGUUACCACUUUGGAAGAAAUCUUUUAAUUGCAUUAUUGCUCUUUGUGUUUCCUUCCUUGUGUUUCUGAGAGCUCUUGUAGUUUUGCUUCAGUCKGUGCCACGUCACCUCCUGUGGCAGCUGACAGAAAACUUCAUGUCCCACCCAUUUAACUUUGUUAYACUGCAGAAACUAGAAAGAACUGUUAAUAAAUGUAUAGUGAAAACUGUUGAAAUAUCACUGGUUAUGUUUCUCUAAGUGUUUGCACCAGACGUGAUGCUGGAUGAAUUAAAUGUUKKUKUUUUUUGACUGACUUCUCUGACAUUUUGUCCAAAUAAAURAAUGGAGCUGCUUUCAUCAGAUUAAAAUCAACCUAAUGAGC